AUGACCCCAGCAGCUUCGAAUGUCACCGAAACUACCUCUAAUUUAAUGCAAGGCUGGGUUCAAUCCAGAGCAGGGUUCCCGACUGACGUCCUUUCCUUAUCCUUAAGCCUCCCGAUUCCUAACGAGCUAGGCGACGAAGAAGUUCUCGUCAAGAUCAGCUGUGCAUCACUUAAUCCUGGGGCGUCGAUCAUCAUGCAGCUGGUUCCUGGAUUAUUCCGUACUAGACCGUCAAUCCCAGAAAUGGAUUUCUCGGGCACAGUUGUUAGGUUGGGCAGAGCCAUCACAAAAAAAAAAAGAGGGCAAAUUCAGAUGGGAACCGAAGUUUUCGGGUCAGUGCCAGUAGGUGCUCAUGUCAGUAAGGGUAAAGGAUCGCUCGCGCAGUAUGUCGUGGUAUCUGGUGAAGCCAUACAUCUGAAACCUAAGACUCUGCCUUUCGAUCAAGUUGCAGGUAUGCCGAUUGCAGGUUGCAGUGCCUUAGCAUUGCUGGAAGCUGCCACAUUAAAAAGGGGGGAUUCUGUACUUGUCAAUGGCGCAAGUGGAGGUAUCGGAUCGUUGUUUGUGCAAAUUGCAAAGGAAGCUGUAGGAGAAUCCGGGAAAGUAGUAGCUGUUUGCUCCGGUGCUAAUGUUGAGAUGGUGAGAGAUCUUGGAGCAGAUGAGGUAAUCGACUACCAGGAGUUCGUUCCCGUCCACGAGCAUCUAGCCAUUGUGUUUUAUGCCCAACGCUUCGAUACUGUAGUGGACUGCUUUGGAAGUCAACAGCUCUUCCUUUACUGUGAGAGGUUUCUCAGACCAGGAAUGCCAUAUGUAUCUGUAGGGCCCUCGGUACCAAGCUACAACACCAUAAACAUGAUCUACUCUAUUGGACAAAUGAUCAAGAACCUUUUCCAGCCUCCAGCACUCGGCGGUGUCAAUAGGCCAUAUCGGCAAGUCACUGGAAUUUCCAAUCAGAAAGGCUUGCAGCGGUUGGCACAGAUGGCCACAGAUGGGCUUCUGAGAGUGCCACUUGACUCAAGCUGGGAGUUGAAAGAUGUUUUGAAAGGUUACGAAAGGCUCUUAAGCCACCGCGCGAAGGGUAAAAUCGUGAUCCAAAUGCCAGUCAAAUAA